GGCUGCGUGCUGGCGACUGGCUCGCCUCCUGAAGCCCCGCCGCCACCACCGGCUCGACCACCGGAGCGAGAGCAGCGGCAGCAGAGCCGAGAGCUGCCUCGGCUACCUCUCCUCGCCCUUCUUUCCUUUUCAUUUUUUCCUUCUCUUUCUCUUUUCCCCUCUCAACGCCCACCCCCCUCCGCUCGGUUUUUUGCUCUACGGCAUGGCCCGGCGCAGAGCGGGCGCUGCCUUCCCCGGGCUCUGCCUCGGCGUCCUGCUCGGGAGCCUUCUGCCCCUCGCUUCCCUGCAGCAGCCGCAGCAGCCUCCUCCGCCGCCCAGGGGGAGCGUUUGGUGCCCCAGCCGCUGCCUCUGCUUCCGCACCACCGUGCGCUGCAUGCACCUCAUGCUCGAGAGCGUCCCCGCCGUGUCGCCGCAGACCACCAUCCUGGACCUGCGGUUUAAUAGGAUUAAAGAAAUCCAGCCUGGUGCAUUUAGACGGCUUAAGAAUCUGAACACCUUACUUCUGAACAACAAUCACAUUAAAAGAAUACCUACUGGAGCAUUUGAAGACCUUGAAAAUCUAAAAUAUCUCUAUUUGUACAAGAAUGAAAUCCAGUCAAUUGACAGGCAAGCAUUUAAAGGACUUGCCUCUCUAGAACAACUGUACCUGCACUUUAAUCAAAUUGAAACAUUGGAACCAGAAUCAUUUACCCAUCUUCCCAAACUUGAAAGAUUAUUUUUGCAUAACAACAGAAUAUCCCAUUUAAUUCCCGGGACAUUUAGUCACUUGGAAUCUAUGAAACGACUGCGUCUGGAUUCAAAUGCACUUCACUGUGACUGUGAAAUACUGUGGCUAGCAGAUUUGCUGAAGACAUAUGCAGAGUCCGGUAAUGCACAAGCUGCAGCUACUUGUGAAUAUCCAAGGAGAAUCCAGGGAAGAUCAGUGGCCACGAUAACACCAGAAGAACUUAACUGUGAGAGACCAAGGAUUACGUCAGAGCCUCAGGAUGUGGAUGUUACCUCAGGGAAUACCGUUUACUUCACUUGCAGAGCUGAAGGCAAUCCCAAACCAGAAAUUAUUUGGCUUCGAAACAAUAAUGAGCUCAGUAUGAAAACGGAUUCCCGUUUGAACUUGCUCGAUGAUGGCACACUCAUGAUUCAGAAUACUCAAGAGACUGACCAAGGCAUUUACCAGUGCAUGGCCAAAAAUGUGGCAGGAGAAGUGAAAACUCAAGAAGUUACUCUACGCUACUUUGGUUCACCAGCUAGGCCAAGUUUUGUGAUUCACCCCCAAAAUACAGAGGUACUGGUUGGAGAAAGUGUCACCCUGGAAUGCAGCGCAACUGGUCACCCCCAGCCACGUAUCACAUGGACUAAAGGGGACAGAACUCCCCUCCCAAGUGACCCUCGCAUCACCAUAACUCCGUCAGGAGGGCUUUACAUCCAAAAUGUGGAGCAGGAGGAUGGUGGAGAAUAUGCCUGUUUUGCAACCAACAGCAUAGAUAGCAUCCACGCAACUGCAUUGAUCAUUGUGCAAGCCGUACCUCACUUUACUGUGACCCCUCAAGACAGAAUAGUAAUUGAGGGACAAACUGUUGACUUCCCUUGUGAGGCACAGGGAUAUCCACAGCCAGUCAUUGCCUGGACUAAAGGAGGAAGCCAACUUUCUGUAGAUAGAAGGCACUUAGUCCUAUCAUCUGGAACACUGAGGAUUUCCAGAGUUGCUUUACAUGAUCAAGGCCAGUAUGAAUGUCAAGCUGUUAACAUUGUAGGAUCACAAAGAGUUGCUGUUCAUCUGACCGUACAGCCUAGAGUAACCCCUGUGUUUGGUAAUGUUCCAAGUGAUAUGACAGUAGUAGUUGGCACAAAUGUGCAGAUUCCAUGCAGUUCUCAAGGAGAGCCUGAGCCAGUAAUAACAUGGAAUAAGGAUGGUGUUCAAGUUACUGAAAGUGGAAAAUUUCAUGUUAGCCCCGAGGGAUUCCUUACCAUUCGCGAUGUUGGACCAGCAGAUGAAGGCCGUUACGAAUGUGUUGCAAGGAAUACAAUUGGAUAUUCUUCAGUUAGUAUGGUACUAAGUGUAAAUGUUCCUGAUGUCAGUCGAAAUGGAGAUCAGUUUGUAGCAAGCUCAAUUGUUGAAGCAAUUGCUACUGUCGACAGAGCAAUAAACUCAACCCGUACACAUUUGUUUGACAGCCGUCCUCGUUCUCCAAAUGAUCUGCUGGCCUUAUUCCGAUACCCAAGAGAUCCUUACACUGUUGAGCAAGCAAGAGCUGGAGAAAUAUUCGAAAGAACGUUGCAGCUAAUUCAAGAACAUGUGCAAGAUGGUCUGAUGGUCGACCUAAAUGGAACAAGCUAUCACUAUAAUGACCUUGUGUCUCCACAGUAUUUGAAUCUGAUAGCUAACCUCUCAGGCUGCACGGCCCAUAGGCGCGUGAACAACUGCUCAGAUAUGUGCUAUCACCAGAAAUACAGAACACACGAUGGGACCUGCAAUAACUUGCAGCAUCCGAUGUGGGGAGCCUCCCUGACAGCCUUUGAACGCUUGCUGAAGUCGGUCUACGAAAACGGAUUUAAUUUGCCAAGGGGCAUUGGAGCUAACCGGCGUUAUAAUGGACACACACUCCCAAUGCCACGCUUGGUUUCAACUACACUGAUUGGGACGGAAACAAUAACCCCCGACGACCAGUUUAGCCAUAUGCUGAUGCAGUGGGGCCAAUUCCUAGACCAUGACUUGGACUCCACCGUUGCUGCUCUGAGCGAAGCCAGGUUUUCUGAUGGCCAGCACUGCAGCUCCGUUUGUACAAACGACCCCCCGUGUUUCUCCAUCAUGGUGCCGCCCAACGAUCCUCGAGUCAGGAACGGAGCGCGGUGCAUGUUUUUUGUGCGUUCCAGCCCGGUGUGCGGAAGCGGCAUGACUUCUCUUCUCAUGAAUUCGGUUUAUCCACGAGAGCAGAUCAACCAGCUGACUUCCUAUAUCGAUGCAUCCAAUGUGUAUGGCAGUUCAGAUCACGAGGCACAAGAAAUCAGAGACUUGGCAAGCCACAGGGGGCUUCUGAGACAAGGCAUUGUGCAGAGAUCUGGGAAGCCUCUUCUCCCAUUUGCUACCGGCCCACCAACUGAAUGUAUGAGGGAUGAGAAUGAGAGCCCGAUCCCUUGCUUCUUAGCCGGUGACCAUCGCGCCAAUGAACAGCUGGGACUCACCAGCAUGCAUACCCUGUGGUUCAGAGAACACAACAGGAUUGCCACAGAGUUGCUGAAACUCAACCCACACUGGGACGGCGAUACAAUUUAUCACGAAACACGCAAGAUUGUGGGUGCAGAAAUGCAACACAUAACGUACAGCCACUGGCUGCCUAAGAUUUUGGGAGAGGUAGGAUUGAAGAUGCUUGGUGAAUAUAAAGGUUACAAUCCCAAUAUUAAUUCUGGAAUAACUAAUGAAUUUGCAACUGCCGCUUUUAGGUUUGGUCACACACUGAUCAAUCCCAUACUGUAUCGGUUGGAUGAAAACUUUGAGACUAUUCCACAAGGCCACAUACCUCUCCAUAAAGCGUUCUUCUCCCCGUUUCGGAUUGUAAACGAAGGAGGCAUUGAUCCACUUCUAAGGGGUUUAUUUGGUGUUGCUGGUAAGAUGCGUGUAACGUCGCAGUUGCUCAAUACAGAAUUGACAGAGAGGCUUUUCUCCAUGGCACGGGCGGUAGCGUUAGAUCUGGCCGCAAUGAAUAUUCAAAGAGGUAGAGAUCAUGGAGUACCACCUUACCACGAUUUUAGAGUUUACUGUAACCUUUCUUCGGCGCACACGUUUGAAGAUUUGAAAAAUGAAAUCAAGAAUCCUGACAUCAGAGAGAAACUCGGGAGGUUAUAUGGUUCACCACUGAACAUAGAUUUGUUUCCUGCUCUUAUGGUGGAAGAUUUAAUUCCUGGUAGCAGAUUGGGACCAACACUGAUGUGUCUCCUGAGCACACAGUUUAAGCGUCUCCGAGAUGGGGACAGGUUAUGGCAUGAGAAUCCAGGUGUGUUUACUCCAUCGCAGUUGACUCAGAUCAAGCAGGCAUCCCUUGCCAGAAUUCUAUGUGAUAAUGGCGACAACAUAACCAGAGUGCAACGUGAUGUUUUCCGCGUGGCUGAGUUCCCACAUGGAUAUGGAAGCUGCGAUGAAAUUCCUAAAGUAGAUCUCAGGAUGUGGCAAGAUUGCUGUGAAGACUGUAGAACUAGAGGACAAUUCAAUGCAUUCUCUUACCACUUUCGAGGAAGACGUUCUCUUGAUUUCAGUUUCCGUGAAGACAAGCCAUCAAAGCACAUGAAAAUGUCAAAAACAAGUUCUGCGAGGGAGAAUAAAUUUUCUAACCUUACCAUCUCAUCCUUCGACGUGCGCAAGAAAGCACCCGUCAUGAAUGACUUCAAAGAAUUUGUUGGUGACAUGCAAAAAACUAUCACAGACCUCAGAAAACAGAUAAAGAAACUUGAAUCACGGCUCAGUAGAACUGAAUGCACUGACGAAAAGGGUAAAUCUUAUUCCAGUAAUGAAACCUGGAAAAAAGACCCGUGCACCACAUGCGAAUGCAAAGUUGGCCAGAUAACCUGUUACGUGGAAUCGUGUCCACCGAACGACUGUGCAACACCUGUGAAGCUUAAAGGAGUUUGCUGUCCUGUCUGCUUAAAACAAACUGUUAGCAAGGAGAAUAAGCUCUAAGCCUGCUUUGCAAUGGUCACAAUACAAGUCAUAUGGAUAUCUGCUGAUGGCAAAAUACAGGUAACAUUAGGCAUAAAACCACAACAGGACGCUUGCAGGACAGCAUUCAAAUGAUGGUGUAACAAUGUAAGAAAAUGUAUUAUUUUACAUGCUUGCCCACUGAAAAACCACAGUGUAAAAGUAUUGAAAGGGAAUACACAAGACAGGACAGGACAAUCUUCUCAGGUUCAACAAACUGAAAACUUGGUGCUACUUUUUAAAGGCUCCUUUGUCAAGUGGUUUUGAGUCUUAUUAGACUGGCUUUUAUUUCUUCAUACACUGGCGAAAGGAAGUCAGGAGCCAUUUAUUAGGAUGAAGAGGGCCACAGCUUUUGUUUUUAAAAUACUGUCUGGCCCAGUGUUGAUAGUCUAGCUUGCCUUCUAUCAAAUACCUUGAUGGAGCUAGUUUAAGGUCUUUCUGAGACCCAUAGUCUACUUAUUUAGCCACUCACAUCAUGUCUUUACAGCAUUCACUCAGUAUUUACUCAAUAUUCUGUGGCAGUGCCAAUUCUAAAGGAUGGUGAGUGUGGAGAACACAAAUUUUGCUGCGGUUUUCUCCCACACCUCUUUGCAGUAUUAAUAAUCUGUCCUAUCCACUGUCCACAGUUGCCCUUCUUUAUUUCUCUGUACAAUACCUAGAUGAUUAGAAAUCAUAGGCAUAAAAUAUGUGUUCAGCCUUGCACUGUGUAACGUAAUUCAAAAGUCAGUGUACUCGUGAAAGAAAAAGCACUGCUGUAAGACAACAGCAAUAACAACAACAAAAAGGCUGCUCUGACUACUGCACAAUGAGCUAAACCUGAGCUAGGACUUACCUGAUUUUUCUGCACCCUUCUGGCCUCAUUUGCAAUGUUUGCCCUUGAGAAAAUAUUGUUUGGAUUGGACCAUAGAGGGCUGUUUCUACUACUUAUCUAAUCUAAUAGACGGGAUAAAAUGCCCUACGCCCUCCAGCACUGCAAACCAAAGGACACUGAAGCAGCACAGUAAUAGCAAAUCCUCUUAUCAGAGCUUAAUUUCUAGGGGUGGGGAAAUACAUUCUAGAACUCAGAUUUCCAAAAGUACCAUCAUCCCAUCUGGAACCCUGUCUCCCUUAGUGCUUGGGAUAUUUUUUUCUAGAAAAAGAGGUGCCAGAACUCACCAUGAACUCACCUUGUUCUCUUAAAAUGGCACCCACCUGAGAGGUGCUGGAACUUGAGUUCCAGCUGGGGGGGGGGGAAGCCCUGCAUAUAGAGAUUAUCUGUAUAGUAGUUACUCAGUGGUAACAUUUCCACCUGUUCAAGAUUCCUUUCCCCUGGCAUACUUCAUAUAUCCUCUGCUGCUGCUUGAAUGGAUGCAAGGACUGAACUUUGGUGAGCUCUAACAGAUAUAAUUCUCUCUAAUUUCUGAUGCUAGGACGCAAAUGUUGUAGCUUAUAUUGUGAAAAUGGCACCGCACAUGAGAGGGAGAGAGAGAGAGAUUAGCUGGCUUGGAGGAUUCCCAAGGUUUGGAGACAUACACAAAUAUUAAGAGGAAAUCCCUGAAAUUGGGAUGUGAGGCAAAGACGUGCCCAAUGAGGUCUGUGCAUUGCUCACUUGCCACAGAAUACUAAAUUCCUGUUGUAGUAGGAGAAAAAUCAUGUGCAAGAGGAAAUAAAAUGGGAAUUUUGUAAGGGGGGGGGCAUGUCUAACUGACAGAAGAGUGAACAGAAGCCCUCCAUGCUGCAACCUUUUGUUUUUAAUAUGAUGUCCUCUAAUUUUGCAGUCAUUUUGCUCUUAAAAAAGCAUAGCUGAAUGGGCAUCCCUUCCCCCCACCCAAAGAAUCAGACCUAUGUCAGAUUCGCUCUCGAUUUAGGUUCUGCAUUGUGCCUGAAGCUGCCACAUGUCUUCUUCCCAGGGAGACUCCUUUCCCUUUUAACAGCUGCCUAUCAAUGAGUUUGGAUUAUCUUGGAAUCAAGGUGCAAGGAUUGUGAAAGCUUCAUCCGUCAUAUUUCUGCCUCUUUGUGUGGUGGUUAAAAAGUGUAUCGUUCCCCAGCAUCUUAUUUCUCAAGGGUACAGUCUACACAUCCUCUUAUAUCCUCUAGUAUGGUAUUCCAUGGUAUUGUCAUGGAAUGUGAAAGUAAAAACAAAGCUGUGUGAAUAGAAAAGGGCAGGCCCAUUUAAACUAGAGGGGUGGAGAUAUUAUAAUGAAACAGAGUUUAGUGAAGAGCACUAAAUGACACCUACUGAAUUGUUCUAAAAACUUGCUCCUGUAGAUGUGUUCCUAAGCCGUACUGUGAUUUGUGGAAAACCCAUCCAAUAGAAGGCUUACCGAAUAGGGAUUAGCUAUUCCUUUACCAACUUUAUUUUAAAAAUAUGGUUUCAUUUAAGGUUUUUUUCAUAAUGCAUAGUGCCUGUUUCCCCACUCCCAUAGCCCUUGUGACAAAAUCAUGUUAAUGAUUACCUUUUUUGUGAAUCUGUGUGCCCAGUUAAGAGGUAAAACAAAAGCACUGUCAAAUGUAUGUCUACAUUAACUCGCCAUUGUUUACCUUUGUAUUUUCAACUUUGCCUCUUUAUAACCAACAUGUCUGGGACCCAGGUGGCGCUGUGGUUAAACCACUGAGCCUAGGGCUUGCUGAUCAGAAGGUCGGUGGUUCGAAUCCCUGCGACGGGGUGAGCUCCCGUUGCUCGGUCCCAGCUCCUGCCAACCUAGCAGUUCGAAAGCACGUCAAAAUGCAAGUAGAUAAAUAGGAACCGCUCCAGCGGGAAGGUAAACGGCGUUUCCAUGUGCUGCUCUGGUUUGCCAGAAGCGGCUUUGUCAUGCUGGCCACAUGACCUGGAAGCUAUACGCCGGCUCCCUCGGUCAAUAAUGCGAGAUGAGUGCGCAACCCCAGAGUCGGUCACGACUGGACCUAAUGGUCAGGGGUCCCUUUACCUUUAUUAUUACAUACAGUGAAGGAAAACUCUCACACCUCAUUUGACAGACAUGUUUGGCUUCUUAAAUGGUGCUUAUCCAGAAAACAAAUCUUAAUUCCCUGGAAUAUAGCAGUGUUCUUCAAGUCCUGACUCUCUGACUCUCUCUGCUAACUAAUGCUAGUCACUUAUUGCCAAGUUAAAUCAUUAGGAUUUAAGGAUCAGGGACUAAAAAAGCAAUGCCAUAACAAAAAGGAGGAGAGGAGGCAAAUACAGGAACCUUUUCAACUUGCUUAAUAAUUUUGUUUGAUAACACAGUAGUGCAUCAAAUAAAGGUAGUCUAAUAAUAUUAUGGUACAUCAGCUCCCUUGCAUAAAUCAUUCGCUAUCUAUCAUAUUGUGCAUCACCAAAUUAGCCAAGAAACCUGUUUGGUGGAGACAGCAACUGUGGUGGUGUUAAGCAAAAUGUGUCAGGAGUGCAUACAACAUCAUGAUUGCAAUCCUAAAUACACUUACAGAGCAAUCCUAACCAGACCAGGGACAAUAGGAGCCUGAGGGCCAAAGCCCUGCCAGCUCCUACCAGCCAGGAUGGAAAGCUGAAGAUGGGGUUUUUUAAAAACAUUUUUUGCUGUUCCACUGCCAAGGCUGGAAUAGCCGAGGAGCUUAAAACUAGGCUGCUGAGGGUUCUGCAGGCUUUGGAUCCCAAAGAUUCAAAGCUUCUGGCACCUUGCUUUGAAAUUCCCUGUUUCAGGACUUAUUGGCAGCAUACCAACCUCUACUACAAAUGGACAUACACACAUUAGUGGACAGAGCGCUGCACUCUAUCCUAAACCACUAACGGGGUUGGGAUGGGAUGGCAGUCUAAGAAGACUCCAUGAAACACAGUGGGACUUACUUCUGAGUAAACAUGCACAAGAUUGCACUGUGAGGCAAUUUCAUACACAAAUAUUUGGCUUUUUGCCAUUACAGCAAAAUACCUAUUUUUAUGUGUUAUAUUUAAAUUUGGGGUUAAAUUCUUAAGGUCUUUCAGUGCUCGAAAAUAUUUUGUUUUAUUGAAAAUCCAGAUGCCAACUGUGCUUUCCAAGCUGCUAUCUAAAAUUCCUACAAACUUGGACAGAUUUCGAAACAAGGGCUAUAACUAUAACAAGCAUAUUGGUGACUAGUGGAAGUUUUUAAAUGUUACCAAUCACCCUUAAUUUUUAAUGCUGUAUUGUUUUAAAAGAGGGGAGGGGAAAAAAACCUGUUCAGGUAUUUUAGGUUGUAAUGCUAUAACCACAUACCUGAGAGUCAGCCCCAUUAAAUUCAAGGGGUCCUACUUCUGUAUACAAUUGUAGUGUCAGCCACUUUAGUAUUUCCAUGUAUUCAUUAACCAAAUAUACCUCUGUUUUCCCUUGUUAAAUAAAGCAGAUAUCUAAUCAGUAUUUGCUAAAUUAGUAUGUAAAAUUAUACAGAUUCCAGCAUUUAUUACCACUACACCUCUGGUGGUAAACUGGAUUAGGAAAUAGGUCUCAUUCUAAUUUUUUUAUUUUUUAAAAAAUUCAAACAUUGUACAAAUGAAUAUGUUUCUCUUUUUCUUUUUACAUUUUCUGCUGAUAAAAGCUAUGUAACAUUUUAAGACAGUGGCCAAUGGCCGAAUGAUCAUUUUUCUCAGUAUUUCUUCAGUUGCAAUUGUUCCAUAUUUAUUUACUUUUUUAAAAAAAAACUCCUACCAAAAGUGAAGUCUUAGUUAUUUUUAUUGUACUAAAUAAAUCUACCAAAGAAUUGUUUGCACUGUUAUGAAUGCUUCUCAGUUACAAUAAACAGGUCACAUUUUU